UGCGUAGAGGAAACACCUCCGACACCAGUAUAACGCACACAGACUACAAUCACGACGGGUGAAGAAAGAAGGCAAAGACGGCGAGGAAGAGACGUUUAUUUCCAGCAAGCAAGACUUGAAUUGCCCAGGUACAAGCUAGUUCUCAUCAUUUAUAACAAGUUUAGAUAACCGAUCUUCCUCUUGUUCUAGUGAUGCCACAUCAACGUUUCUUUCUGAAAAAGAAGAAAAAGAAACUUGUUUAGUGGCAUUAUAUUGGUUUCUAUUGCAUUACAGUAUGUUUUGCUUGAAGGUCACUUGAAGCUUAGUAGCCGUGACUACAGAUACUGUAAUUCUUAUCACGUCGAUUAUGUUCCCAAAAAUACAAAACUCCCGUUAUUCUCGUUUCUAGAUACGUGUUAUGCAAUCAUCUGAUGAAUCACUGGGGUGAAAACUGGUAGCGAAGGAUAUCCGAUUGUUAACACGUAAUCACAAUGGGAGUUCCUGGAUUAUGGCGUUUACUGGAACCUGCAAGAGAGCCUAUAGAUUUGCAACAACUCUCCGGUAAAAUUGUAGCAAUUGAUAUGAAUAUUUGGUUGCAUCAAGCUGUUAAGUCUCGAGGUGCAUCAGGCGGUCCGCGUAACUAUUUGGCUAUAUUUUUUCGUCGUCUUUGUAAACUACUUUUCUUUGGCAUUCGACCAGUGUUUGUAUUCGACGGUGAUACUCCAGCCUUGAAACGAGCAACUAUACACACAAGACGUCAGUUGCGUAACUCAGCCGAAGCCAAAGCAGAAAAAGCUCAAAAGCAUCUUCUUCGCCGACUUUUACGUCGUGUUGCAGAAUCUGAAGUGGGAUCAAGUAACGUAUCAACAAACGGAACACAACCUCCUGAAAACUUAGCCAAAGAAGAACUGUUACGGCGAUUGAAGCAGCAGUCAAAUUUUCUUCAGGCUAUGGAAGAUGCUGAAAUUUUCUCAGCUCCAUCUAAUCAGUCUAUAUCGAGUGAUAACAAAGGUAGCGGAAUCAUGUUAAGUGAGAAUGCUGGAUUAGAAUAUGAUGAGUUGGCUCGUGAUUUCUUAGACGGUUUUUACUCUUCAGACCGGAAAUUGUCAGGAAUGGAUCUCAACUCAGAUGCAUUUUGUUCACUUCCCUUGCCUGCUCAAUUGCGAGUUGUCCAACUAGCAAGAGAAAUAUUAGACACUAGUUCAUGUCGACGAGAUUUAAUACAAAGAAACAAUGAAGCAUCAUUUGACCCUGAAACAUUUUCCGACGUUCAAACAAAACGUUUACUUUUACGUCGUCGUUUAGCAGAACGUCAACAAGAAUUAUCUGAUAAUUUAACUAAACAAGAAGCUGUUCAACAAGUUCUUCAAUUAGAUAAUUCUAUGAUAAAAAAUAUUUUAAAAAAUCAGUCUUUAUGCUCAGCAUUAUCUACAGAGUCUACUGAAACUAUAGCGACAGCAAUGCGAAUCCAGUCGCAGGAUGUUGGACAUGCUAUUUUGCUUAAACAAUCUCCGUUGAAAAAAUCAAACAGUCUAAGUAAAUUACCUUCAUCGACAACAUUCGAUUUAGAAAAAUUAAUUGCAUUAAACCCCAUUGAAUUAAAUGCAUCAAUUAACAAUGAAGAAGUUGAAUGUACUAAAGAAGCAUCAUCUCUGGAUGCUUCUCUGGAUGGUACGAAGGACUUGAAAAAAGUAUCCAAUGUUGAGUUACCUAGUAAUGAUGUAUGUUCACCUAAACAAUUACAAAUCCCUGUAAAUGAACAAAAUAUCAUCGAGGAAAGUAUUACUGACUCAAAAUGUUAUUCGUUUGAUGAACAAUCAACCAUUUCGGAGUCGUUGAACAAGAAACAGAUGGAAGAUGAAAGUGAAAAAGAAGCGAACAUUUCUGAUAACUUUAAUAAAGUAGACCAGACAAUUAUUAUUAAUAAUAAUAAUUCUUCUGAAAAUGUGCUUGUUGUGAGCGCUUCUCAAGAUUCAUUUAGUUUAGAGACAGAAAAGCUGCCAAUAAAACCUGAGUCACCAGUUUUCGAAAGUCUAUUAUGUGAUCACAACAAUAUUCGUCGGGAUGAAUCUAACCUGAAUUCGAAUCUAUCUCAACAGAUUCAUGAAGUAGAUGAUGUUAAAGACUUUGAAGAUACGCAACAAAACAAUGAAAUGAACAGUGAUGAAGAUGAUGACGAUGACGAUUUCAUUGAAGUUGAAACGCAUGAACAUGUUGAUCUUUCUAACAUUUCCAGUGAGUCUACCAUAUUGCAAAAAUACUCAACUGAUAAAAGCAGUUCUCAUGAGGAAAGUGAAUCCACAUACACACAUGAAGAAAGUGAAUCUUUUGAUAAAGAAACUGUAGAAGACUCUAACAUCAAGGAAUACAUCUCAUCUUCAGAUUUAGAAGACGACGAUCUAAUUGUUGAUGAUAACAUGUUAAGAGAAAAGGCUGAUCGUCUUACGCGACAAGCUCAAUCCACUACUACACGUUGUAUUUCAGAAGCUCAGGAUUUGCUACGCUUAUUUGGAUUUCCAUUCGUUGUUAGCCCAGAGGAAGCAGAAGCUCAAUGUGUGGCAUUGCAACGUUACGGUUUAGUUGAUUUAGUCGCCAGUGAUGAUUCUGAUGUUUGGCCAUUUGGUGUUAGACUUGUUUGUCGUCAUCUUUUCGGGACUGGUGAUGAUAAAAAACGAAGAACAAAUCCAUCAUUGUAUAAACUUGAUGAAGUGAAACGAAAAUUAGGCCUUACUGUAGAAAAUAUUCUGCGUUUAACAUUAUUGUGUGGAAGUGAUUAUACCCAUGGAAUCGAUCAAGUUGGUCCAGUCACAGCAAUUGAAAUACUUAGUGAAUUCGGUGAAGUAGAUGAUUCAUUGAAUACUGAAAUGAAUAAUUGGCUUCAUGGUAAAUGUAAACCUUCAGAAGAAUUGCUUCAGAAUAUUCUUAAACCACUGGAACAAUUUACAAAUUGGUGGCAAGCAAAUCGUUCUCAAGAUUCUUUACAAUCAAAAAAAAUAGUGAAAGUGCCUGAAUCAAGUCCAGUUAGGCGUCGUUGGAUUAAUUUGAAACCGUCGCCUGGAUUUCCAGAUGGUCGUAUUGCUCGUGCCUAUUUGUACCCGAAUGUUAAAACUGAUAUUCCACCAUUCGAAUGGGAACUACCUCGUGUACCAUUACUGGUCAAAUAUCCUUUUUUUUCUAAGAAAAUUGUUAUAUAAUUUUUAUUAAUUUAUGGCUUGGAAUCACUAUGUCAUGUUUAGAUUCAUCUAUUACAUCAAGUGACUUUUAUCGUGUGUUGAUUCUAAUAGGCCGUCGUACUGCCUUGUGAUUAUUUGCUUAGUAGUCGUGUCCUAUCUCUGUCAAAUCGACCGAGGUUACAACUCAGUUUUUUUCUUUACUUCGCUAGGCCUAUCCCUUCCUGAUUAUGCACAAAAACUGUAUAUUUAUAUGUCAUAUCUCUUGUGCUCACCUAAUCCCUACAGGUUAAUUAACUGGUGCUUGAGAAGACAUGAAUGACACUACAAUUGAGUAGGAAUUAAAGAAUCUAAGUAGCUUUUUGGUAAAUUAAUAGGUAAACGGAGUGAUAUAAUGGAGUGCUGUACUUAGAUUAACUGAGAUAAAUAGAGAUUGAAUUCACAAUAUUUCUUUAGAAAUUGAAUACUCUUCUCAACUUUGUUCAUGACAGAACAUUUGUACACCUUCACAAGCAACCAGUUUAACAGAACAGGCAUAAAUAUUUUUCGAGUUUGACCACUGGUUGAUAUCAGUAAGAGAACCAUUGAGAACCAGCCACAGGGAGUACUGGACAGCUAUUUCAUCCUAGUUUAGGAAUCAUCGCCAGUACGCACCCAACACCAGGGUACGAAUCCAGGACCUUCCGAUUACAAGACAAGCUCUUAUACCAUUCAACCAGUGAAACCCGACUCAAUGGUCCAUGAACUCUAACUUCUCCUGGGCUCAAAACUCAGUGGGUGCAUACUGCCGGUGAUUCCCAAACUAGAAUGAAACAGGUGUCCAGUACUCCCCUGAUUUUUGAGAGUUCUGUAACUGAUAUCAACCCCUGGUCAAAGUUGAAAAACAAACCUAAUCCUUACAGAUCAAUUCUUGAAAGUAAAUAUUUUUGUUGUGCUCUUUACAAACUGUUCGUAGAUAAACCUGCUGGAUCAAUAUAGCACAUUAGAAUGCGUAGGAGAGGUUUAAAUACUUGAUAUUUCUACAUCUCUUCUGAAAGGUAUAGUAGAUCUUAGCGGUGAAAAUCUGCGAAACCAUUAUUAUUUCAGCGAACAUAAUCAAUGUAACUAGCAUAAUUAUGAUAGGCAUGCUUUUCCAAAUAGAUUAUUCACUACUAUGGAUAAAAAUAAUCUUCUCUUCACGCAUGUGAAUGCUUCGUUGGGAUGGAGUGCUGAAAAAACAGAAGCUUUGCUAGCUUCUGUACUGAAACACAGACAAACUAUGGAAUUUGGAAAUCCUGAGAAAAUUCUUUCAUCCAAACCACUCAUAACUAAUUUCUUUCCUGUUAAAGAUAAAAUGUGUAAAAAUUCUGAAACCAAUGGUGAUAAUGUUGAUGCAUCUGAAUUGGAUGAGGUUUCAAUGCCAAGCAAACGGGUUCGUCGUGCAGCCAACCGGCUACGGACUAAAAAGGCAGAUAACCAAUCUCCUUGUAAAAGUUCUAUCACUCUACCAUCCUGUUCAACAAGCAUAAAAGACAAGGACAAUUCGCUUUCUGAGUUACCUAAACCCCGAAAGUCGAAGAGAAAGCAAACUGCAAAGAAUCUCCCAGAAAAGGAAGAAGAAGCAAAAGAAGAAUUAAGUCAAGUAAAGUCCAUAUCAAAUAAAAAAUGUACAAAAAAGUCUCAAAAGAAAUCUCAACGUCGAGUUGUCGAGAGAGUAUGUCUAUCUGAAGAAGAUGAUUAAACUGUAUAGCAAAAUAUCAUAUAAGCAGUUGUAAACUAUGUAAAUUCUUUAUAAUAGCAACACUUUUACCAUUAUGAAUAAUAUAGACACUUUUUUUUAAUACUUAUAACUCAAUAUUAAAUAUUUAAUUAAUUAAAUAUUUAAUCAGUUGGAUAUUGAAUGUUUCAGUCUUUCACAGCGUAUCAACUUGGUUGCUGAGAAUUUUACACGAAAGAGAUAUGAAGUGUCCCGUAUACAACAGCUUUAUGCAACUCGAUAACUACACGCGCAUACAUGCA